CGCCAAGGGCACGUUUGGCCCGCGUCGCCCUGGGGAGUGGCUCCUGUUUUCAGGGCCAUGAGCUGCGCCCGGGCGGCGGCCGCUCGCUCGCUGUGGCGGCUGUGCACGGGCGCCCGGCAGCCUCUCUCAGCUUAUGGAAGAAGAAUCGGUGUCAGAUUUUGCAGUUCAAGAAUGACUUUAGACAAUAUCAACUGGGCAGCUGUGGAUCGAAUAAUCCGGGUGGAUCAUGCAGGUGAAUAUGGAGCCAACCGCAUCUACGCAGGGCAGAUGGCCGUCCUGGGCCGGACAAGCGUCGGGCCGGUCAUUCAGAAAAUGUGGGAUCAAGAAAAGGACCACUUGAAAAAGUUCAGUGAGUUGAUGGUUACGUUCAGGGUGCGGCCGACGAUUCUGAUGCCCUUUUGGAACGUGGUGGGGUUCGCACUGGGCGCGGGCACCGCGCUGCUCGGGAAGGAGGGCGCGAUGGCCUGCACGGUGGCUGUGGAAGAGUCCAUCGCACAUCACUACAACAACCAGAUCAGGACGCUGAUGGAGGAGGACCCCGAAAAGUACGAGGAACUCCUGCAGGUGAUAAAGAAAUUCCGGGAUGAAGAGCUUGAGCACCACGACACAGGCCUCGAACACGACGCAGAACUGGCUCCAGCAUAUGCCGUUCUCAAGAGCAUUAUCCAGGUCGGAUGCAGAGUGGCGAUAUAUUUAUCAGAAAGAUACUGAAGAUCACUCUCUGGGGGAAGCUAGUGCCACGUGGUGAGGACACGCAAGUAGUUCAUCUCUGGAGAGGGUCUCAUGGCCAAGAACUGAGGCCUCCUGCCAACAGCCAUGUCUGUAUGGCCUCUCGGAGGUGAAGCCUUCAGCCCCGACAAGCCUUCAGAUGACAGCAGCCUCAGGAGAAACCCGGAGCCAGAGUCACCCAGCAAAGUCACGCCUGCAUUCCUGACCCUCAGCAGCCACGUUAGAUAAUAAACGUUUGCUGUUUGCA